CUGACGAUAACGGCAAAGCGUGCACUGUUCUUGUUCACUUACUUCCUUAAGGAAGAUAGUAAGAUAGAAAAGCACAGACAAUCAAUCGCCCUUUGUUUUUGUCGCACCACCGAUGAGCAUAUGCGCGGCAGGAGGAGUUACAAGGCGAGUCAGCGACAAAUCUUAUCGUUAAAUUACAUCUAAUUGAAAACGCCGUGUUGGCCGCUCUCAAUUUCCUCUGUGGUGUUACACUAGUGCAGAAAGUUCACAUGAGAAUAGCUCAAGCUUGAGUUAACAACGUUAGUGAUGUAGAUGAAGUCGAUUUAUUAUUGAAGUAUUUAGUAAUUUUUCUGCAGCUAGUCAAGGCAAUUUAUUAAAUUUGUUUACGUGAUCUGACAUUAUGUCUGCCAUCUUUAAUUUUCAGAGCCUGCUCAGUGUAAUAUUAUUGCUGAUAUGUACCUGCACCUACAUCAGAUCUCUAGUACCUAACUUAUUUGAUAAGCGGUUAGGAAAGGUUGGAUUUCAAGGUACUUUUUGGAAAUGUGCUAGGAUUGGUGAGAGAAAAAGCCCAUAUGUGGCUGUUUGUUGUGUAUUUAUGGCCUUUAGCAUUUUAUUUUGGUCAUAACAUUCCUACAAUAUUUCAGCCAUUUAGCUGAAAUAUGUGGUACGUUAUAUAUAUUCCAAUUUAUUUAUGCAUAUUUCAAUUUCUGAUGUAUUUAUGUGUAAAGGGUAGGGAUGAGAAUAAAAAACAAUUUUGAUAUUCA